AUGAAAAUUUUAAAAUCAUUAAUUAUUGCAUUUUCAAUUGUUGGUGCAGUAUUAUCAAGUAAUCAAUGUAAUGAAGAUUAUGAAUGUGGUGUUGGAUAUCCAUAUGCAGCAUGUAAUGGUGGUUUAAAUGUUUAUCCAGGUAUUAGUAUGGAUGGGAAUGAUAAUUUAAUUAUUGCAGGUAAAUUUAAUAGUUCACAAGGUGGUCCAUUUGGUACACCAAAAAUGUUUAAUAUUCCAACUUCAGGUAAUGGAAGUAAUGAAAUUUCUCAAAGAAUUAAUAUCAAUGGUGAAAUUGAAAGUGGUGCAGGAUCAUUCAAACUUUAUUCAUUCUAUGAUUAUUUACCCCAAUCAAAUUAUUAUUAUGUAUUAAUGAAUCAAGGUGGAUCAGCACCAAUUUUCUCACUUAUAGAUGCAAAUAAUGGUGGUGAUAAAGUUAAAUAUGUUUUCAAUAUUUUCAAUACACCAUUCGUUCCAAUUUUUGAUGAUAUUGAAAAAUCAAUGAUCUAUGGUGCUUAUGGUAUUUAUAAAUUAAAUAAAUUACCAACACAAAGAAGUGAUGCUCAAGAUGCAACAUUAAUUUAUCAAUCACAAAUUGUUAAUGGUUUAGCAAAAGAUGGUAAUGAUUUAUAUAUGUCAACUUAUGAUGGUAAAUUCUUAAAAGGUAAAGCUGAUUGUUCAAAUUGUACAAAAGAUCAAUUGAUUGAAAUUGGUAGUGAUACUGAUGCAAGUCAUUUAACUGAUUUCUUAGUCGAGGGUGAUUUAAUUGUAUUCUCUCAUUCAAAUGGUAUAACUGCUUAUUCAAAAUCUGCUAACUCUAAUCAAGCCAUUAAAUUAAUCACUGGUGAAAAUGUAAUUUCAAUGGUUUCAAAGGGUGGUGUCAUUUAUUAUACAACUAAAGAUGGUAUUGUUAAAUCAAUUGGUAUUGAUGGUAAAAAUGGUAAAACUAUUUAUACACCAACUUCCAAUCAUCAAUGUCAAGCUGCUGUUGGUUUCCAAUCAAUUGAUGGUGUUUGUAAAGGUAAAACCUUAUGGUAUAAUGGUAUUCCAACUUGUACUCCAUUAGGUGAAGGUGGUAUCCCUGCUCAAUGUUUCACAAGUGUUGAUUGUGGUCCAACUCCAUAUUUCACUUGUAAUGGUACUUGUGGAUGUGUUAAUAAUUUCAGUGGUUUAGAUUGUACUCAUUGUGAUGGUAAUGUUGAAUGGUUAAAUGGUAUCCCAUUAUGUCAAAUUCCACAAUAA